UGUUUUAACUAUUUUACUUCCUCUGCCUUUCCACAUACAAUUUGGAAUAAUCUUUCCAUAUUUACAAAAAAAAUUGCUUGGUAAAUCCUAAGGUUUUUAAAAACCAAUUGUAUGUGGAUGACUCCCACAUUUAUAUAUCCAAGACCAGGCUUCCUCAAGGGCCACACAUGAAUAUCCAACUAACCACUUAACAGCUACACUUGGCUGCUUGGUUUUGAAUAUGUUAAUUUUGGGAUGCCUAUUAAAUCUUCACAUUUAUCCACUGGUCUUCCCCCAUCUCAGUAAAUGCAACGACUACUUAGCCAGUUGCUCAAACCAAAAACCUUCUCUACAAUAGACCUGGAGAGUCUUUAAAUACAUACACACAUCAGAACAUGUCUUCCAUUAGCUUAAAAACAUUUCACUGUUCAAUUGCUUUCAGUAAAAUCCAGAUUCCUACUUAAGGCCCACAAGGACUUCUCAUCACACACGCCUAUCCUUACGAAGCUGUAGCCUCAGGCCUUCUUUCUGGUCCAAGCAGGACAAGAACUAAGGUAAGUGAGGUGACCCAGGAGCAAAAUUUAAAAAGGCACUCACUGAAUUUGCAGGACCCUGACAGUACUUCCUUAAACUUUGCUUCUUAGGGGCCUCACUUGCCCCAGCCUCACUUGCCCCAUCCUGGUCCUGAGUCGCUUUUUUCUUGCCUUAGGACCUUGGUACUUGUCCACUGCCAGGAAAGCUCUAUUCUCCCACUCUUAUACGGCUUGUUAUUUAGGACUCUGCACAGUUCUGACUAUCCUAUCUAAAAUCUACCUCUUACAUUGAGAAAGACCUUAUUCCAAGCCCAUGACUGCAUUUAGUCCUCAUAACAAUUCUAUUUGGUGGGUACUAUCAUCACCUCCAUUCUACAGAUAAGUUAGCUGGUACCCAGAUAGAUGCUAAGUAAAUUGCCCAAGGGCACACAGCUACAGCUAGUGAUUCCCCCAGGAAACACAAAAGUGGUUUGAUUCCAGAAACUGAGCACUUGUUUCUUUUGAAGCACUUACAAUCUGCAAUAGUAUUUUUGUUUCCUUGCAUAUUGUCUAUCUCUACUUAUUAAAGUGAGCUCCAUGAGGCUCCAUGGUUUAUCUUUGACGUUGUCUCCCCAAACAUAGUUGCACUUGGCUGUACUAAGUAAUCCCUAGCAUUUAUUGAAUGAAUGCAUUUAGAAAGACAGAUGUGGCCCCCAAAUAGCUAAACUACUUAAAAAUACUUACCUCUGAGCCUCUGAAGUAAAUAAUUUCAAAAUCUUUUAUCAAAGAAUCUGCAAGAAGAAAACCGCAAAAGCUUUCAAAUAAUAGUGCAUGGCUAUUAUCUUGAGAUACAUAUAAUAUGCCCUGUUUCUUGGUGGAUCUACUUUUCUGUGGUGGCAAAGAAAAUCACUGUGUUACCAACAUCUAGAAGUUCUACCAUCUAGAACCAUGUAGAAAGGUGAGUUCGAGCUUGGGCCACUUCCACCUGGAGUUGUUUGUACUAUUCGCUCUCUGGGCGUUUAAGUCAUUUCUUUCUUUCUGGCUCUUUGGAUCCACUGUACCCGGAAACCCCCUCCUUUCAUAUUUUCCUCUAGGACAUCUACACUUCAUAGCGAGGAAGUGAUUUGAUGGUCUGAAGCUUCUAAAUCUAAGGUGAGAUCUAAGAUCAUAUGAAAUGUAAAGGAAGAAUUCUUUGGGGCAGUAUUUUCUCCUGGCUCCUUCGUCGGCUCCUAUUUGUGUGAGGGCUUCUUGAAUGUCUGAGUGGUGCUCCUGAGAGAGGUGUUCCGACGAAGAGUCCGUCUCCCAGGGGAUACAGAUUUAACAGACGUUUGGCAGGGGGCAGAUGAAAAGGAUGGCGGGGAAAGUCUAGUCUUACUUGCCGUUAAAUCCUAGUGUGCUCCUGCCACAAGUAAGGCAUUCCUUGCAGAGCAAGAAUUUCAUCAAGCAAAUACUUUAAAGAGGUCGAAAGGUAAGUCCCUGAGAGGAACUGGAAGUGCCAGCAGAAGCCUGGCGCACGAACCUCAUCACCAGUGUUAGAUACGCCAGGUUUUCACCUCAGGAAGCCUCAAGGUUAGGGACGGGGCAAGGAGGUGAGCAGCGCGCCGCUGUGCGCCUGCGCUGGAGGGCUCCAGCCCGCAGCGCUUCCACGGCGCUCCUUCCCGCGCAUCCCUGCGCACGCCCCACCCCGGUGCGCCUGCGCCCGGAGAGCUGAAGGGAGAGCGGUGCCCACAGAGAGCUGCCUUGGCUAGCAUGGCGGCGGGCGCGCUACGCGGCCUGCCUGUGGCCGGCGGAGGCGAGAGUAGCGAGAGCGAGGAUGACGGCUGGGAGAUUGGGUAUCUCGACCGGACGUCUCAGAAAUUGAAAGGGCUGUUACCCAUUGAAGAAAAGAAAGAAAAAUUUAAGAAAGCAAUGACCAUCGGAGAUGUUUCAUUGGUCCAGGAGCUCCUAGAUUCUGGCAUUAGUGUAGAUUCCACCUUUCAGUAUGGAUGGACUCCCCUUAUGUAUGCUGCUAGUGUUGCCAAUGCAGAGCUGGUUCGGGUCCUUUUGGACAGAGGUGCUAAUGCAAGCUUUGAGAAGGAUAAGCAAAGUAUUUUGAUAACUGCAUGUUCUGCUCGUGGCUCAGAGGAACAGAUCUUGAAGUGUGUAGAACUACUACUUUCAAGAAAUGCUGAUCCAAAUGUUGCUUGUAGGAGACUUAUGACCCCAAUCAUGUAUGCUGCUCGAGAUGGUCACACCCAGGUUGUUGCUCUCCUUGUUGCUCAUGGAGCAGAAGUUAAUACCCAGGAUGAGAAUGGUUACACUGCUUUAACGUGGGCAGCACGUCAAGGUCAUAAAAAUAUAGUUUUGAAGUUGCUUGAACUUGGAGCUAAUAAAAUGCUACAAACCAAAGAUGGAAAGAUGCCAAGUGAGAUUGCAAAAAGAAACAAACAUCAUGAGAUCUUCAACUUACUUUCUUUUACUUUAAAUCCAUUGGAAGGAAAACUUCAACAGCUAACUAAAGAAGACACUAUUUGUAAAAUAUUGACAACAGAUUCUGAUAGAGAAAAAGAUCACAUUUUUAGUUCAUAUACAGCAUUUGGAGAUCUGGAAGUAUUUUUACAUGGUCUUGGACUUGAACAUAUGACAGAUUUACUAAAGGAAAGGGAUAUAACGUUAAGACACCUUUUGACCAUGAGGGAAGAUGAAUUUACAAAGAAUGGUAUUACCAGUAAAGACCAGCAGAAAAUUCUGGCUGCUCUUAAAGAACUACAGGUAGAAGAGAUACAAUUUGGAGAGCUAUCUGAAGAGACAAAGUUGGAAAUCAGUGGUGAUGAGUUCCUCAACUUUCUUCUCAAAUUAAAUAAACAGUGUGGCCAUUUAAUAACAGCUGUACAGAAUAUUAUUACUGAGUUACCUGUAAAUUCUCAAAAGAUAACACUGGAAUGGGCGUCUCCCCGGAAUUUUACUUCAGUUUGUGAAGAAUUGGUUAAUAAUGUUGAAGAUUUGAGUGAAGAGGUCUGCAAACUAAAAGACCUAAUUCAAAAGUUGCAAAAUGAACGGGAAAAUGAUCCAACUCAUAUACAAUUAAGGGAAGAAGUAUCUACAUGGAAUAGUAGAAUUUUGAAGAGGACAGCUAUUACCGUAUGCGGAUUCGGUUUUCUUCUUUUCAUUUGCAAGCUAGCUUUCCAGAGAAAAUAACCCAAAUAUUUGUUUUAAGUUAUAUAUACACAUCUUAUUGAAUCAUCCAAAAAUCAUUGCUUUUAACUAUUUGCGGCACAAUAUAACUUUACAUUCUUUGCCAUUAUUCCAUAGGAAAAAUUUUGACAAUGUGGAGAUUUUUUUUUUUAAAGUGGUUUGUUACUUUGACUUAUAAAUACAAUUUGUUAUGUUUAUGUUAAUUGUGAUUAGGCAGUAAAGUAUAAGUAAUUUUUUGGUUUCAUCGUAUGUAAAUAACAUUCAAAAUUAAAGUUAUAUCUAAUAUCUUUCACA